AAAGCCCAGUCUCCGCGGGAGGCGAUCCCCUCCCAGCUCGGGCGGCUACGCUCGGACGCCGGUGGGAGGAAACAGAGCCGGUCCUCGAACCCCGCGGACACGCUCCGGGCCCUUUCUCUGCGCCAUGGCUUAAGCCCAGCCUGCAGCCACCUCUCUGCGCGUCGCCUUGCUCGGCCAGGGUCUGCGCGCCGCCGCAGCCGCAGGGAGGGGCGCUUCCCAGACGCCCUCGCCGCCGGGGACUCGGGGACACGGUGCCUCUUGCCCUUCGGCGCCGCUGCCGAGCGCGCUCUGGACACCUUUCUUUGCAGGAGGAUCGCUUGUCUCCGGCAACCAAGGGACUCCUAGACUAGCCCCGCAGUAGCUUGGCGGGCCCGGCCUUGGGGUCAGGCGCUGUCCCCGGGUGCUCUCUACAGCCGCAAGGCAGGGAGCGCAGGCUGACCAGGAAAAACCCGGGGGCCACCGGAUUGGCUGGUUGAGGGCCAUAGGGCUGAAAACAGGGGGUCGAGAGACCUGUUCCCGAAGCAAGAGCGAGAAGCAGCCUGUGCAGCCAGCAUCAUGGCGUGGCCGUGCAUCACGCGGGCCUGUUGCAUCGCCCGCUUCUGGAACCAGCUGGACAAGGCGGACAUCGCCGUGCCGCUGGUUUUCACCAAGUACUCGGAGGCCACCGAGCACCCUGGGGCCCCACCGCAACCGCUGCCGCUGCCGCCGCCUCCACAGCAGCAAGUGCAGGCGACGCAAGCGCCCCCCUCGGCGCGCGCGGUCGCCAUAGAGACUCAGCCGGCCCAGGGUGAGUUGGAUGCAGUUGCCAGGGCAACAGGGCCGGCGCCCGGGCCCGGCGGCGAGCGCGAGGCGCCGGCGGCAGCGCAGGGCCGCAGCGGCCCGGGCGCGGGCUCGGCGUCCAGCGCGGGCCCCGCGGACUCGGUGAUGCGCCAGGACUAUCGCGCUUGGAAGGUGCAGAGGCCCGAGCCGAUCUGCCGGCCUCGCAGCGAGUACCAGCCUUCCGAUGCGCCCUUCGAGCGCGAGACCCAGUACAAGAAGGACUUCCGUGCCUGGCCACUGCCGCGCCGCGGGGACCACCCGUGGAUCCCCAAGCCCCUGCAGAUCCCCACGACCUCGCAGGCCCCGGAGCCCAGCCUCGGGGCGCCUAAGCGCAGACCCAAGAGCCAGGAGCGCUGGCCAGUGCAGGUCGCCGCUGAGGCCCCGGAGCAGGAGAUGGCUCCGAAGAUCGUCCUUGCGGCCGGAAAGUCGUCCGGCGGAGAUGAGCGCGACACCCGAAAGAAGGCCGGGCCCCCCUGGAUGCUGCGCCGCGCAGAGGGGCUGGGCCCCGAACAGACCCCAAAGCCGGCGCCCCCAGCUCAGGCGGCCGGCUCCGAGAGUGGCAAGGGACGUGCGGUGGCAGAUGCCCUCAACAGACAAAUCCGAGAAGAGGUGACAAGUGCAGUGAGCAGCUCCUACAGGAAUGAGUUCCGAGCAUGGCCAGACAUCAAGCCUGUGAAGGCAAUAAAAGCCAAGACCCAGUACAAGCCCCCGGAUGAUAAGAUGUCUCACGAGACCAGCUACAGCGCCCAGUUCAAAGGGGAGGCCAAUAAGCCCGCGCCUGGUGAUAAUAAGGUCAUGGAUCGCAGAAGGGUACGCAGCCUCUACAGCGAACCUUUCAAGGAAACCUCAAAGGUGGAGAAACCUAGCUUUCAGAGUUCCAAACCAAAAAAGACCUCUGUCAGCCACAAGACCCCGAGGAAGGCCAAAGACAAGCAGGUGGUGUCCGGCCGGGCCACCAAGAAAAAGAGUGCAGAGACUCCCAGCCCUGCUGGACCGGAAGACAAGGAGCAAAGUCAGCAGAUGAACAAUAAACUGGCUGAGGCUAAAGAGUAAAUGUUACCGCAUUUUCCUUUUUACUCCUCUCUCCUUCCUUUUCCCUCCCCCUUCUCCUGCUUUUUAUUAUUCUCAUUAUUAUUUUUAAUUUUAAAACAACAAAAGGCCACAAAAUUGAUUAGAGGCUUCUCGCCUGCCCCGGCCCUGGGGUCCCUGGAGGUCUCCGGCUGGGAGGAAUCCUCUUUCAAAGACUAUGUGGCUUGCUGCCUCCCCAAAUCCAGGCCAGAGGGCCUGAGUGGGGCCCACACUCCCAGGCUGCUGAGCCCCGGGGAACCCAGGGCACCCUGCUUCCCAGCUGUGCCUUCCCCUACCAGGGAGGGAGGCGGCAGUGCUCAGUUGGGAGGGGCCAGAGUUUCCUCAAGGGCGCUGAGCAGGACUCCUGAUGAUCCACCCCAUCCCUACCCCACCCCCUGCCCCUGCCCUGAGGUCUGUUUCAGUGGUCACUUGUGAACAUUAGGUAAAUCCCUUCCUUUCCAAAAUUCAGAAAAAACGACCCUGUGUUGUAGAAGCUCAUCCUGGGCCUCAGCGCGUGACGCGAUUAGUGAGGACAAACCAAACCACCUUGGCCUUAAUGUCCGUACAAGGGAGUGAGUGCUGACUGUCCCCUGAGGCUGUUCUGUGAGAGCUGUCUGGUCUGCACGGUUUCCUGUCCCUGGGCUUCCCUUGUGGAUGUGGCUGGGCCCGAUGUCUAAAAGGAGGCCAGGGUCCUGAAGGAACAUUCUACAAGUCACAGGAAGGUCACACAGGUGGAAGAGAAGAUUGUGUUCCUCUGUUUACCCGCAGUGAGCUACCCGUCCCCGCCCUGGACUGCCGAAUGGGCAGAGCAGCUCCUGCAAGGUGACCGAGGAAGAACCUGCACGUGGAGGCUGGGCCCCUUGUCAGGUGCUUGUCUUGCUUUAGAGAGACACUCGAGGCAGAGGGAGGAGGGGACGCGGUCAGGAUGGUGAUUCUUAACUCUUCUCUUUCCAAACUGUCCCUCCGCGGGGAACAAAGGACGCCGGGCUUCCGGUUAUGGGGACAGUUCUGUCCCUUGGCUAAAGACUGGGUGAGGUCUCCGCCAAGUGGUUGGCAGGCCUGUGGGGCCUCCCUGAUGGACAGAAGCAGCUCUCCGAGUACGUGUUGUGUGUCGUGUGGCCGUGCGGCCCAAGCCCCCCCACCCCCUUAGCUGUGCCGGCGUCGUGUGGUUGUAGGAGUUAGGGAGUUGGCGUGAAAAGAUGCCCCAGUGCUCAUACCAAACCAAAAGCCCCCUGCCAGUCCGACCAGUCCGACCGGCACCAUUCCCCCAGAGUGCUUCCGGAGCUGCGAAUCCUCCUGGCAGCAGACUGCCACACCUUUCCGCUGCAGCGAGGCUGGUGGGUCCAAAGUGCCCAGCUUGCGAUUGGCGGCCAAGCAAUUUAACCACUGUGCUGCCAGAGCUCCUAGUGCCCUGAAUAUCUAGCAGAAAAAAAUUCUGCUUGCUAAUGCAAAGCAUCGUGAUGUGUGUAAAUUGCCUCUUAUGCUUUCUCUCCCGUGUCCGGGCAGGUCCCGAUUAUUGUCCCCAGUGUUCUGAGACUGCAGGCCGAUUGUUACACAGCCUCUGCUCUGACAGUUGCCUUUCCUUCCAGAAUAAAAAUGCUGAAGAGUGCAGGCCCCAUAGUCUCUUAUCGAAAAAGCCCCCAAGGGCCCUCCUUGUGUAGAGGAAGCAGCGCUCCCAUCAGCCCUCUGUUUGGGGGACCAUCUGCUGACCAUCGGGCAGCAAGAUAUCUGUUUAUGUGGUUUUUGUCUAGCACGUGGGAUGUUGUUUGCAAAUUAUCUCAGUAGGUGCUAUACAAGCUGUACUUGUUAAGAGAACAGGGAUAUGAGAAAUGGCGCUCUGCCCGGUCCUGCAAUCCCCCUUUGACCUCAGGAUACAGAGCUGUGAAGAGAGAGGUGCCUUGCAGAAGGUAGACAGGCGAGCAGGCCCGUCUGGAAAUGACUAGAGCAGACCGCGGUAUUGAUUGCAAUGGUUUGCUAACUCGCCUUACCAUUAACCAGAGAGUCUAGCCACACAAUCUUAACUUUAUCCUGAGAGUCCACCCAUUUAGGUUUGCUCUCUCAAGAUCCGACCUUAGCCAGACAUGGCGAUGCUAGCCACAAUUAGGAUUUGUCCAUAGCAGAGUCAUAUAGAUCUAUUUGUGUUGAUCGAAUGCCUGCGAACCAGGCACUAUGCUGCAUAUCUACAGGCAUUACAUAUGGCGACACCUAUCACCCCUCCAUUUCCCCAGCAAUACAGCCAGAAGGAUGCAUAAGGCUUGAUCCCAGAUUUCCAGUUUACCCCAGGGCCUUCUCCAGCCACCAGGCAGCUCCCAGGGACUAAGUUUGCCACCCUGUGUAAUGCCCCGGACAGCCCCAACCAGACUGCCCAAUACAACCCCUGAUCCGUAGUGCACAAGGUCACAGCUUCCACCACCACCAAGGUUCUGCUUCUUAAGCCGCCUGGCUGGCUGCUGUCUCUCUUCCAACCCCAUAGCACCUUCCUUCAGGAUCCAAGCUUCUUUCAAUUAACCAUCCCGAACAGGGAUGACGUCCCCUGGGAGCAGAGUCAGCACGGGCCGACUUGUGCUUACUCCCUAAUCUGUCAUGGGCAGCUGUCCCUCUUUGACGUGGUGAAAACAUGUGACACCAUUCAGGACAGAUGAGUGACAGCAAGCACAAGUCCCCUCUCUUCUUGCACGACCUGCACCCUUCGGCAUCCGCCUCAUUGUUAACUCGUCCUCGCCCCGAGGAAACAAACCCUGCUUGGGGUUCCUUUGAUGGCUAGAGUGCCUGCAAGGCCCCCUUUUUCCACUCUCUGGUGGGCACAUAAAAAUCGGAGCAGUCCCGUGCCAUUCCCCAAGCACACUGCAUGGAGCCAAUGUUAGUUUGACAAGCAAGUGGUUUGGGCUCUGCCUCUCUGAGGGUGACCAAGCCCCCAACGCCUGCCUGCCCUGCCCCUCUCUUUAUCCGCCCCUUUGUCUCCCUGUCUUCCCUGGCAAGAGAUCGAGGACUGUGCUGCCCACUGUCUGCUUGGCCUGCUUGUGAGAAUGACCCGCAGAACCCCCGCACCAUCUCUGUGCUCCCCACUCCCGCAUCUCCCCACCAUCUCCAUUCCCCGACCCCCCUUCCAUAUGCCUUUGCCUCUCCGAGGCAGACAGGAAGUGUCUAAUUCCGAUUUUGUGGCCUGGGUUUUGUUGCAUACCACAGAUUGUCUAUGUAACGUGUAGAGCACACCUCUCUCGGUGCUGUUUCCUUCCCGCUGUUAGUAAGAGAAUAACCAAAAAAAAAAAAAAAAUUCAUGUAUAGCCAAUUGAUUGUGACGUGCUUGUGGUCUGUGCUUCCUCAGAUAAAAACAAACAAACAAAACCAA